AUGCCAAGUGUUUUGUUAGUCCUUUUUUCCCGUCCGCUUAUAAUUAGUCCUUUCUUCUAUCUUUGCAUAGUUAGUCCUUUCUUCUCUCUUUGUAUAGUUAUUCUUUUCUUCCGUCUUCUGAUAAUUAGUCCUUUCUUCCGUCUUCUUAUAAUUAGUCCUUUCUUCUUUGUACCUUCUUUCUUUCUUUCUUUCUUUCUUUCUUCUAUUUCACUGAAGCAGACGAUAAGUACCCGAGAGCUUUUCUUUCUUUCUUUCUUUCUUUCUUUCUUUCUUUCUUUCUUUCUUUCUUUCUUUCUUUCUUUCUUCUAUUUUACUGAAGCAGACGAUAAGUACCCGAGAACUUCUGUUUUUCUUGAUUUUUCUUUUUCGUUCUUUCUUUCUUUCUUUCUUUCUUUCUUUCUUUCUUUCUUUCUUUCUUUCUUUCUUUCUUCUAUUUCAUUGAAGCAGACGAUAAAAGCAGACGAUAAGUACGCGAUAGCUUCUUUUUCUUUCUUUCUUUCUUUCUUUCUUUCUUUUUCGUUCUGUCUUUCUUUCUUUCUUUCUUUCUAUGCAAUUUCUCUUUCUUUCGAUUUUUCUUUCUUAUACUUCUUUUUUAUUCAUCAUUCUUUCUUUCUUCCUUUCUUUUCUUUUUUCUCUUUUCUUUUUUCUUUGAAUUUCUCUUUCUUUCGGGGUUUUCUUUCUUAUACCGUAUAUGCUCGCGUAUCAUGCGACUUCUGA